AUGCAGAGUAUUGUCGAGCUGCUGAUAAAUUCUUUUAGAAGAAUUUGUAUUGGUACAAAUUCAUCGAAAAUUUUGUGUCAGUAUUUACAAACACUUCGAAGAACGCUUCAGAUUGUUUACAACUUUACCACUGAUCCCACUAAUAUUACUAUAUUAAACUGGAUUUUGUUUCUAAACACAAAGCAAUCAAAUAAGAAACAUUCGGAUGAAUUGCUGAUUUCAAAUAAACCAUUUGGAAUUCUUCAAUGA